AUGAAACAACAUCGAAUAAGGCUAGAUUUCAAUAGUAUCAAUGAUAUAGGAAAUAUAACCACCAAUGAUCUCAUUGUAGUUGGUGGUUCAAAGCUAUGGAGUUUGAACACGGUGAAUGAACAGGUAGAUAUCAUUAAUGAUAGUAAUGUCAAAUGCAUCGAUUGUUUAAACGAAAAAAUUUUAGCCAGUCAGUCAAAUAGAAUAGAUUUAUGGGACAUAAACAAACUCAUCAAUAGUUAUAAUGUCGAUAACAGAGAGGUUAUAAACGAUAUUAAAUUCUUGAACAAUCGAUGUUUUAUCACCGGUGGGUACAAUUCAAGUAUUAAGUUAUUUGAUAGUAAUAUAAGGCAAAGUAUCUGGGAAAUAAAGGUCUGCAAGGAUAAUAUAAAUCAUAUAGAAGUAAAUGAACAAAUCUUUGUCUCCACAAGUGAUAAAAUGUUGGUUAUCUUGGAUUUGAAAGGAGAUCAACUUCAACAACACGAAUUUCAAUUCAUAAUCAUUAAUUUCAAGAUCUAUAAAGAUUUCAUGAUAGGUCUCACAGAUGAUGGUGAUCUAGUGGUUUAUAAUUACAAAACGGGGAAUAUCAUCAAUACUUACAAUAUCUUGAUGCCCAUACAGUACCUUAUAUCCCUAGACAUACGACCUUUAACGAAGAAAAUUUCAAUUUAUGUAGGAAGUGAACAAUCCAAAUUUAUGAAAAUCGAUUGGGAUAGAUCGAAUAAUCUAAUGAUAAAUAGAGAAGAAUUCCCUCUUCAAUCUCCAAUCAUCAAUAAAGUCAUGACCAAGUCGAGUAAAAUUAUUUGCAGUUCCAACGAUGGAUUUAUAUAUAUAAAUAAAUAA